CGAGAAGUGUUUUUGGGGUGUCAGUGAGAGGAUGGAGGGAAGCGGCUCCAUGGAGGAAGCGGCCCGGGGGCUCCUGGCUCGGCUGAAGGACGUGCUUGCCUUGGAGGGCCAGACCAAAGAUGAGGCAGGGGCUGAGUUGCCAACCAAAGUCUGGGCUGAGCAUGCAGUGGUGCUGAUGCCUCACCUUCUUUGGUGUGUGAUUUCCAGAACACCAGAAAGACGCACAAGCUGCACUUUGUGCAGCUGCAAGUGAUGAAGUUCCUCCUGGAUUUCCUGGACUCUGGCCCGAGUAUCCAAGAUGCCUCUUUUUCGAGUGUUCGGCGUGAGAUGACAGAAGCCAAACAGCAGUGGCAGACCCUCAAAGCUGAGUACCAGGAGAAGGUCGAGGCCAUCAAGGAGGCUGUUCCACAAGCCCUGGCCAAACUUGAGGAGGGGCGCCGCAGGGCCCAGCUCUUGGAAGACGCGCUGCAGCGCUACCAAGCCAAGAAGCUGGAAAUGGAGGAGAAGGUGAAGAGAGCUCAGGACCUGCAUCACAAGGAACAGGACCGCUUGCGCAAGCUGCAGGAGCAGAUGGAAGGGCGGGUGGCCGAAGUGCAGGGCAGGCUGCAGACACACCGGGAGGAGCUGCAGUGCCUCCAGGGGGCGCUGGAAGAGCAAGAGCGGCAGGCUUGUGAGUGGCGGCAGAAGGUGCAGAAGCUCUCUGAUUUCCGGUGCCUCUUGGAGACACUGCAAGGCGUAAAACUGAAUUAUGCUUCGGAGAGAGACCUGGAGCUUGAGCUGACCUCUCAAUCCCAGCCUGUGGCCACUGAGCCCCAUCGCCUGAAGCUGAGGCUACACUGGGGUGAGGACGGAAACAUCGCACUGCAAAGUGACUGUCCUUUUUUCCUCCUCUCUACUGUGCUCCCCAUGGGCUCCCGGGGCACCGUCAAGAACGUCCUUCUGGAACUGCGGCAAAGCUUCUUGCAGCAAGCACAGCUCCUGGAGGAGAUCGAACGGCUGCAGGGCUGUUUUGCCAUUGAUUGGCAGCCAGAGAAGCGUCUGUUGCACUACCUGAAGCCAUCCUCCACAUGUACCCUCUACGUGGAGCCAGGAUAUCCAACCAGUGGGGGGAUCCGCCUUCUCUCUAUCAAGAGUCAAUCCGGAGCAGUUGAUGUGACUUCCUAUAGGCCCUCUCAGGAGAGGCCUUCCUUGCAGGACUGGCUGGUGUACCUCACAGCUAAGGACUACGAUGCUCCUUUCCCGGCCAGAGCAGCUGCCACAGCCCCCGUCUGAUGCCCUGGGCAGCAUUUUCAAGAUGUGGGGCUAGAAUCUCUUGAGAAUCUCUAGAUUCUGAGGAUGCGUGUGUCUGUGUUUAAGUUUCAAUGUUUUGUUCAAUAAAACAUGA